CUCUUCUGAGAGUUAUGAUCAUAAAAAAUUGGUACACGAUGUGACUAAUCUUCAAGAUCCAAACUUAGAAAUGCCUCCUUCAAAUAUAGAUUUGAAUAGUUAUGUUAUAGAUAACAAUGCGAAUGAAUU